AUGGCAGGCUUUACCUUGCUGAUAUGGACUGUCAGCAGUACUCUGGCUCUUGGAAACGACAAAACCAACGUUGAACCAUCUGAUAUGAAGCCGUUCACUGACUACAACUUUACUGGAGACAUCAAGAAUAACAGUGUCUCCAUAAAUAACACAACUCCAUCUGUACACGUCAACAUUUACUGUGAUUUUAAAAUAAGAGAUUUAAAGAUCAGAACAUUCAACACUUCCAUUAACCUGAGCUGGAUAACAACAAGUGAUAAAUGUCAAGAUAUUCUUCACAACCUGGAUGAGCUCUCUUACAGCUGUGAUUGUCAGAACAGCAAAUAUCCUGGACGUAAGGUUGCAGCUGAAGCAAAAAAGAAAACAAAACCUGACGGAGGAACGUGUGACAAUGGAGGACUUGAACCAUUCACGGAUUACAGAUGUAAGGUCCGUCCCAUCUACAACAAAGAAGGGCCUUUCAAGGAAGAAGAAGUUACAAUAAAGACUGAGCCUGGAAUACCUGAUAAACCUGAAGUACUGAAAAUUGAUUAUCCAGAGAACAAUAAGAUCUUGGUAAAAUUUUCAGCUAAGACAUUUAGAGGACCAGAAACAAAAUACAUUGCAGAACUUGUUGGGGUCCCUGGCAGCGAAAAGACUCAACAAAACCCUGAAUUUGAAUUCCAAGAUCUGAAAUACUUAACGUCCUACAGAAUAAAGGUUAAAACGUACAACGGAAAGCUUGAGAGCGAGUCUGUGGAAAUAGAAGCUAAAACUCUCUACAAUGAUAAAGCCCUUAUUGGCUGUUUGGUCGUCCUCACCUGUGCAGCGCUACUAGUGGCUUUCUUCAUCAGGAGGAGGAGACAAAUCAGACAUGCUGUUAAUGAAGAAGGGCUGCUAGCAAUGACAGCAAUCUGGGGCCUGGUGGAAGAGUGA